UCAGCCGUGGGAAUCUAGCCACGACCAAAAUGGCAUACGAUGUCUUGAUUAUAAAGGAUCCAGAUUGACUUAUUUUUUUAAUUUGUUUUUGUGUUGGGUUUUUCCUUCCUUUUCUUUUUUUAUUCUUUUUUAUGGCACUGGUAGACAUAAGAAGGAUAUACUGUUGCUAGCAAUUCAUGGCUGAAUCCAUGGUGGAAAUCGGGAUUGUUCCCCCAUUUCCUCCGGACUGGAAUGCAUUAUGUCUUUUGAGGACACAUGAAGAAAAAAAAGAGACAGCAAUGGGAGACGCAAAUAAUUAAAUGAUUCAAAUUCCUUACAUUUGAUUCCUGUAUACCACUCUUUUUUUUCCUUUCUUGCCUGGAAAAAUUAAGAGACUGGCAAGGUAUCCAAGGCAACCAGGGUGUUUUUUGUUCAUUAUGUUGCAAAUUUUCCCUUGAGAUGGCUUGGAGAGAAUUAUUUUUUUCUUUGCUAAACAAGACAAAAGGCAAAUAAUGCAGAAAAAAUAGAAAGAAACAGAGGCUUUUUUUCUGAAGUCAUCUGAUUUUGAGGAAUGAAACUAGACAUCCGUCAUUUUUGGGGGAUGCAUGAUCCUACCACGCAUCAUGGAUUAUAUGAUUAUUCAGCAUAUGUCUGUGGUCAUUAGUCUUUAUUGGAGCAUAGUCUGGGUCAUCCUUCAUGGCAUUGGUUUGGGCUUCAUCAUACAUCCUUCUUGAGGUCAUGUAUCCUUCUUGUGCUUGCUUGCAAAUCCUCCUGUUGUGUUCUGCCUGCACUUCAGAAGGGUAUUCUAGAAGCGAUCCAUUAUCUCUGACAUUGGCUAUAUCCUUACUCCAUGACUCCAAAGCAUGGAGCUUGCAUCCUUAAGAGGUUCCUCUAAGGCAAUGCACAAAAUGGAGCAGGAGAAACCUAGAAGAUAGUGCUGAUACAUGAAGACCAGUUAGACCCAAACAAUGGCCAACUCUAGUGAUACGGAUGAUUCCACAAACCUGUUGUCCAACUCUGGAGCUAUCUCUACUUAUAUCAAGUUGGUUUUGCUGGGGCUAAUUAUCUGCAUCAGCCUGGCUGGCAACUUGCUGCUGUCUCUGCUAGUUUUAAAGGACAGAACUUUGCACAAAGCCCCAUAUUACUUCCUUCUAGACCUCUGCCUAGCAGAUAUCAUCCGUUCUGCUGUUUGCUUUCCUUUUGUGCUGGUCUCCAUCAAGAAUGGCUCUGCCUGGACCUACAGCAUGCUCAGCUGCAAGAUCAUUGCAUUCAUGGCUGUCCUGUUCUGUUUCCAUGCUGCAUUUAUGCUGUUCUGUAUCAGUGUUACCCGUUACAUGGCAAUUGCACAUCACCGCUUCUACUCCAAAAGGAUGACAUUUUGGACAUGUAUUGCAAUUAUUUGCAUGGUGUGGACAUUGUCAGUCGCUAUGGCAUUUCCACCAGUUUUUGAUGUAGGCACUUACAAGUUUAUACGAGAGGAGGACCAAUGCAUUUUUGAACAUCGAUAUUUCAAGGCCAAUGAUACACUGGGCUUUAUGCUUAUGCUGGCUGUCCUGAUAGUUGCAACCCAUAUUGUGUAUAUCAAGUUGAUCUUAUUUGAGUAUAAACACCGUAAGAUGAAGCCUGUUCAGAUGGUGCCAGCCAUCAGUCAAAACUGGACAUUCCAUGGGCCAGGGGCCACUGGCCAGGCUGCUGCUAACUGGAUAGCUGGGUUUGGGAGGGGACCCAUGCCACCUACUUUAUUGGGUAUUAGGCAGAAUACCCACACUCAGAACAGGAGGCUGUUGGGCAUGGAUGAAUUUAAGGCAGAAAAAAGACUGGGACGCAUGUUCUACAUCAUCACUCUUUUCUUUCUAGUCCUUUGGUCGCCUUACAUUGUGGCCUGCUAUUGGCGAGUCUUUGUUAAAGCUUGCACCAUACCUCACCGCUACUUGUCCACAGCUGUGUGGAUGAGUUUUGCUCAGGCUGGAGUCAACCCCAUUAUUUGUUUCCUGCUGAACAAGGACCUGAAAAAGUGCUUAAGCACUCACAUUCCAUGCUGUAGGACUACUCCCGAAUUACCUCGCGAGCCCUACUGUGUCAUGUAAAAUAGAGGGAGGGGGAGGGGAUGAAUGGCUGCAGAGGGGUAAAGACACUACAAAAAUGGUAUCACACAGUGAUAUAAAGCCUUCCGUGAUGAAACUGGAUUUUAUUAGUGUGUGUUUCUGUUUUCCAGAAAAAUGUUCUUCUCCCCCUGCAUAAAACAGUUUUAUUUAAUUUUUGUCUGUUUUUCUGUUUCGCUUUGUAGAUUGUAGAUACUCUGAUAUUUAUUUCUAAUUUCUCUUUUACAUCAGAAAAAGGUAAAAGUUGUUAAGUAGCAUGCUGGAAUAUUUUGCUUGAAAGGUAAUGUGAUCAGGAAUUUCUUAAAUAUGUCUGACAUCUGAUGAAAUUAUUUUAUUUUGAUGCAUAAGUAUUUUUUAACCAAGAUUUUGGGCCAAAGACUGAAACUAGAGUCAUACAGCUUUGAUGAGAGCAAAAGUGGUAGCCCAUUGUUUUUCUGACGCCUUAACCAGACUUUAUCUCAACAAAUUAACUUAAAAUUGGAGCAAGAGGGUUGCUGUAAAAGAAUGGCCAUUUAGAAGUACCUGAUAACUUUAUACAGAAAGGCAAGCAUAGGUGUGAUUAUUCCUGGUUUCCACUGGACUGAAUAAACAUGAAACAAUGGCAGAACUAAAGAACUGCAGCAGAAGAUGCCACAAUUCAGAGUGAAAACUGGAUCUCAAAAUAUUUGACUGCUUUAGAAAUGUUCCUCUUCAGGAGUUUUAAAUAUCUUCAAGAGUAAAGAUGGGAAUAAUUUCUUAUACUUGCAAAAUGUAUGUUAAUCAGACUGAAGGAAAUUCAGAGUUAGGGUAACACCAACUCAAAUGAAAGCCACCAAUGUUUUGCCCUUGAAAUAUGCCAAAAGGUAAUGGCACUGCAGUUGUGCAGAUGUAUGUGUCUGUCCAUUUACCAAAUCCAUUUUUUGCCAUUUUGAACUCUUCCUUCCUUCAAGAUACUAUUUAGACCUGAAGCCUAUUUAUUGCUAGGCUAUAACAAGUACAGAAGGUACAGGCCAUUUUAUAUCUGUUUUGCUUUAAAAAAUGCAUAAUGCAUUUUGAAGUCCUGUUGUCCUUUUGUCUCUAUGUUUUAUAGAACUAGUGGAUAGGUUUUGCAUUUACUUAUGACAUGGUAAUGUAAGGUACACCAAAAGUAGUAAUGCAGAGCACUUCAGGAGUAUGUCUGCAAUGCAGCCAUUUAUUGUUUUCCUUAUUAUUCGGCAGCAGCUCAUUUUAUGUUUUAGAUCACUUUCUGACUGUUUUUGCAUGGUAUAAAACACAUAACAGAGGAUUAACCAACUACCUUUGAAAUAACACCUCUGCCACUUCUUAGAUUUUGAUAGGGUACAAAAUGAAAUGCUACCAUCUGCGGCUUCUCAUAAUGAAAUAUAUGGGGCAUGCUAUCAGUAUUGUCUGAGAAACACGUCAGUCCCAAUAUCAGACUUAUUAGCCAUGACAUAAUGUGGCCAAAAAAUCUUCCUGACAAGCUAAAUCAGAAACCCAGAAAACACUCUAUUUAAAACGUAUUCUUUCAUAUGUAAAUUUUUUCCUCCCUUGCAGCUGACCAUCAACUGCCCCCAGCUCCUUUUUCAUUUACUGGAUCUACAGAACCCACCUUUGCCUCCCCGUGGCUUAACUGUAGUCUGGGGCCAGGGAUGUUGAUGGACAGUUGUGCUGCAUGUUGGAGAGUGUGCCCUAACUCCUGUUCUCUCACAGCAACCUUGGCAGCUCUGUGAUUGCUGCCAUUGGGAGGUACAUGCAUGUUUCCACACAUGCUCAAACUGAGCAGUUCAUCACCCGUGCAACAUGGAGCUGACUGGGUCUAUAUGCUACACAUUGCAGCAAGCCUUUUGGCUGCCUCCCUUCCGUAAGGAUGAGUGAGCCAACAUCAGCAGCUAACUCCCAACCUUCUCCUGUAGCCCCUCUCACACCCCUUCCAAUGUUUGAACACAGGUUAUUUGGGGUGCAGAAAAGGCUUUGUCCUUUUGUGCCAUGAGGCCACAUUCAUAACCAACUUUCUUACUGGUAUUGAUGAAAACAGAGGUAAAAUUUGCAUAGUGUUGACAUCAAGUGGGGUACAAUAAGCAUGGUAGUCAGACACUGAUAUAAAAUCCACUACAACAAUUAUUGAUAUAUUGUUGCUAUAAAACCUAGUCUUAUCAAGGAAAAUUCACUGCAAAUUCCAUUGCAUUCAUUAAUUAUGUGACCUUGUGGUUAGUAUUGUCAGGUCAAAAAGUAUGCACGUCUUCUGAAAGUGGAAUAUUCUGUCACAGCUGGGAUAUAAUGGAAACCAUAGCACUGCAUUGCCAAAAGUAUCUUUGGCACUCAUUGGUCACUAAUAUUAAUGAAUUUUCCUUAGCCUGCAUUAUUCAUCACACAUAUUACCUUUGUGUUGAGGUUAAAGAAAGAAUUCUUCAUUAUAACUCUAAAUGUUCACCAAAACUGUCACAGCUGUCUGUUUGCAUAGUAGUCACUUGAUCAGGAGAAUUUGCAGGCAGUGUCUGAUGAAGUAAAGAUGUGUUCAAAGAGCUUUAGUAAAAGAACAGCAUUAGAAGUGUCUUGCAAAACCAGCAUUUGGUGUUACCUGACCUGUUUAAGUUUGGCUUAAGAGGUAGACUAAGGUUUCAGCAUUUUAAACAGUGAACUCCAUUGAAAGAAGCAAUUAGUUCUGAAUGACAUUCAGCUUAAUGUAUACAUAUCUGAUCUGCUAUGUUUUCCUUCUGUCUGUUUUACAAUUGUCUAAGUGAUUCUAGAAGGAGCAGUCACUUUACAUUCACGGUCAUGUUUCAUUUGUAUUUUUUCUAUGCCAUUGGCAUCACCUCAGUUUCCUUGCACUGCAGAUAACUGUUUUACAUCAGCAUCUUGUUACCUUUCUGUUGAAUUGCACGUGACAUUUUAGCAGUGUAACUGCUGUUGUCAUCUUGUGCCAAUAUCCUUCUACCUCGGCCAUAUCAACCACUCACUGGUAAAAAUUACUUCUUGCUCUCUGCACUACCACACUGCUCCAAUUGUAGCAACUGUCUUUACUUACAGCACAAUGAGCUUAUUUAUUUCUGUCGUGCCAUAACUACUUCAUUUUUUUAAGACUGGCUCAUACUGGGUCUUAUCUCCCCAAUGUCAUCCACUGUCAUGUAUUGCAUUGUAUUUCCAUUGUUACUGUUUUGAAAGUUCCUUUUUUAUGGAUGCAUCAUGUGGACUCAACUGCCAUUUUGCCAUGUUAAUAUCUGUGUUCUACCAGUUCCAUUGCCAGUUUUUGUUUUAUGUUUAUAUUGUGUCAGUUUCAUUGCCUGUAAACUUGUCACAAGUGUCAUGUCAUUUGCAUUGCCUUUUGUCCUCUUUGCCCAGUUGCAUUCAUACAUCUCUGUCUUGUCCGUUCAACUUCUAAUUGUUAUUUUAUAUCUGUGCCAUAUUGAAUUUAUUGCUUACUUAUUGGUUCUCACUAAAUCUUAUCAGAUUGAGUUCAUGACUGGAUUAUGGCAACUCCACAGAAAAGUACUUUAUUAAAUGUACAUCAGAUGCUGUAUUUCUGAAUGCUAUGUUAUCUGUCCCCAUCACUCUGUCGACGUAAUGUUGCCUGUAGUGCCAUUUGCAGGAUGUGAUUGCAAAAUAUGAAUUUCAUAUUCAAGUGUCA